GAAAUCAUGGCGGGCAGUGUCAUCGAAGUUGAUUUCUUCCACGCGAGUAGCUAACUUUCGCUUCCUUGAAUGUGCUCCUUUUAAUUGUGGACCCAUGGUCGCAAAUGCCCGUAAGUCUGAGUGGAAUUGCGGGAAUAAGGAGGUAUGUAAGGAGAGGCGAUAUUUGUCGUGGUUUCGAUCUAGAAAAAAAAAGUGGAUGUUGGAAAUCCUGCGUCCACCGGAACUGACGCCAAUUGACCGCCCUCCGAGCUUGUCCAAUCCACCAGCCUGGCUCAAACAUCAUUCCAGAUACUCCUCGUUGCCCAACUAAGCUCCGCCUACACAAUGCGUUUAAGUCAAUUUUCGUUGCUGGCUCUAGGAGCAGCGACAGCUAGCGCAUUCCGAGACACUUCACCCUUUUUUCUUGCAUCAACAUCCGAACUCCUAUCUACUUCAGUCCAACUGAAAUCAGCAACCACUUUGCUUAAUGAUCUCUCUACGAAACUCAGCACCUGCCCCUCCGAGUACUAUGUUAUCGCUUCUCAACCAGGGGUGCACAGCAUCGACUUCACUACUGCCAAAACCGCGCCCCGCUUAGGAGCGAAGAUGACAGGCAAGGACAAGGCGAUUCGAUCAACCAUGAGUAUCAACGAGGUCGCUGGUAUUUUGGAAGCGAAACACAUCCGUGAUAUCCUUGAAGAUAAGUGCGGUGCUCAGACGACGGUUAUUGAUGCUUCAUCUGGAUCGUAUUCAACCGACUUCGGCAAAGAGCCUCGGGUGAUUGUGGUCGAGUUCCCUUCGCUUUCUCUUGGAUCCGAGCGAGUACAGCAGCUUUCUGAUCACGAUGGGCUGCUUUCUGAUAUUGUCAACCGUCUUCCAUCUGAGAAAUAUACCAUACUCUACACUACAACCCCAAGGGAAUUUGAGGAAGGCGAUGCCCCUGUUUACGAAUCCACGGACGAUCUCUACCAAGAUCCCGUACGUGCGGAUCUGAAGCGGGACUACUCUAUGCAUUCUCGCCGUGACGACACGACGAAGAACUCUCUUUUCGAUGAGUACCAAUACUUCACACCAGGUAUCUUCAUGGGGCUUAUCGCCGGUUUCGUUUUUAUUGUCAUCCUGUACAUUGGUCUGAGCGCCCUGAUGAGCCUGCAGGUCUCCUAUGCAGCCUUUGAGAAGGACACUUCUUCUACCGUGCAGAAGAAGCAGCAGUAGCCGCAUUUACGUAGCGUUAGCCCUGAGAGACUUUUGGCAUUCUUGUUUUGUUUUCAACGUAUAUCAUAAAUCCACAGGCUUUUGGUGUUAAUUAUGGGUUAUGUGUAUUAUAUUGCUAGCGGAAUCUAUCCAUACUUGGAAGUGUUUCGCAUCGUGUCAGAGCGUCCUUCGUCUUCUAUGAAUAGGCGCAUCACGUGAUGGCCCGUGUUCCAGGCACAUGAUGGGCUUUCUGCGCUGAUCUUUGCAUGGCCGCUCUUUGACCCUACAUUAUUCUGCGUCGCUCGUUUUGAACCCUGCCUCUGCUUGAUUAUGACGUUUCUGUUAGAGUCCUGUUCAUA